AUGACGUUAAAGGAAACAUUACAUUAUUUGAGGAUCUCUCAAUUGGCGUUGGUCUCUUUGAUAACUUUGUUGGAAUUCAUUUCAGUUGUGGGAUUCUCAGCUAAUUAUCAUGAUGAGCCGACCCACGGAGCAACUAGUUAUUAUUGGACAGCUUUAAUAUUGUCAGAUUUGUUUCUUGGUUCAAACCUCGUUGGCGAUAUGGACCAUAUCGCGAUGAAAUGUUCUUUGAUGGCCUUUUCCUUGCAAUUUGGUUAUCUAUCUGUAAGCCUCUUGAACAUUUCACCGACAUUUCACGGGGAAUCUCUUUCUUGCAGCAACACAACUAACUCGGCACUCACCCGAUGUCGCCUAUUUUUAUCAAACUUAUCUUUUGCCUGGAUGUUGAUUCCUACAUUUGUAGCUUCGUUGUACAUUUCGAUUUCACGAUGGAACAAAAGCGCGGCCCCAUCAUCAAUACCCAUGAGCACAACAAAUCCACCUCCCCCCAAGCCGCAGUCGCCGCAUGUUAUGCAAAAGGGUGUGUUGAAAGAUGGCUUUUUGGUUUUUAAUGAUAACAACAGAAGCAGCAAACGGAUGAGUCUGUACAGUCAACGAAACAGCUCUACACCUCACGUGAGGACGCUCUCCUAUCCAAAUAACUUCAUGAGCUCCACUCCGAACCUUUUGAGUGAUCCAUCCAAUAAUUCCACUACUAAAAUCUGA